UUUUUACCAACCUGACAUACAUGUUUUCUGAGAGCUUAGCGUCCUAUAUCCCCUAUAAAAAGCCAUGGGCAACAUGCAAAUUUAUUCAUAGUUGAAGGCAUUCCAUUCACUUCCAUUGGUUAAAGAUGAAUGGCCACGCUUCAGUAGUUCCUAUUGGAAAAAGGCUAGAAGGCAAAGUGGCCAUCAUCACAGGAGGUGCCAGCGGCAUCGGUGAAAGCACGGCAAGGCUAUUUGUUCGACAUGGUGCUAAGGUCAUUAUUGCCGACGUACAAGAUGAUAUUGGACUCUCCAUUUGUGAGGCACUUGGCUCACAUGGCACUGCUUCCUUUGUUCACUGUGAUGUCACCAGCGACUCUGAUGUCAAAAAUGUCGUUGACACUGCCGUUUCAAAGUACGGAAAGCUUGACAUCAUGUUCAACAACGCUGGCAUAUCCGGCAACCUAGAUCCAACAAUUCUAGGCACGGAAAAUGAAAAUUUCAGGAGGGUUUUCGAUGUGAACGUGUACGGUGCAUUCCUGGGCGCCAAGCAUGCCGCUAGGGUUAUGAUUCCGGCGAAGAAAGGGGUGAUUCUCUUCACUUCGAGCGUUGCUUCGGUGACCUCUGGAGAAUCUCCGCAUGCUUACACAAUGUCGAAGCACGCGGUGGUUGGCCUCACCAAAAACUUGUGUGUGGAGCUAGGGCAGCACGGGAUAAGAGUCAACUGCAUAUCUCCUUGCGCUAUUGCCACCCCAUUGUUAAGAAACGCAAUGGGGCUGGAGAAAAAAACGGUGGAAGGAAUCGUAUGUGCGUCAGCAAAUCUAAAAGGAGUGGUAGCAGAAGCAGAAGAUGUGGCGGAGGCAGCGGUUUAUUUGGGCAGCGACGAGUCGAAAUACGUGAGCGGGCUUAACCUUGUGGUGGAUGGGGGCUACAGCACAACGAACCAGUCCUUCACCAUGGUAGUUAAAGCCCUAGUUUCUUCAAAUAAAUGAGAAGAAUCAGAUGUUGUAGGCAUUUUGUUGGGACUUUUAAUUUGAGUGAGGAUGAAGCGUAUAUGGCAGUGUCAGAAGGUAUAUGCAUUCACAGAAAAUGCGUCUGUAAACCGGUGCCCUGAGUCAUCAUUCCACAUUUGCGCUAUGUAGUAUUUUCACGUGAGCAAUGUACCAGCUCACGGAGGAACAUGAGUUUAACAAGAUUAGACCAUGGUGAGAGUAUUUUUGGUUAUUUAAUUAGAUGUCCUAUGAUCUACUCACGUAUCAUGAUAUGGUGGGCGGACAGAUUCAUCGUUUCAAAAUUUCUAAAGUAGUCCUGAUUUUAAAUUUAUUUUUUACUUUUUUUUUAUUUCUAAUUUCUUUUUCUUAUAUUUUUCCGGGUCUAAAUGUUAUAGUUAUGAGUACCAGAAAUUCAUGUGAUUUUGGGCCAAGGAGCAUGCUUGGUAUUCUUACAA